GCGGCCGCUGCCACCCUGGGAAGCGCCGUACACCGGCCACUGCGGCCGCUGCGGCUCGCCUCCCGAGGGCUGCACGCUUUCCUCGCUGCCUUCCUGUCGGCUCUCCUGCUGGCCCUCUCUUGCUGGGGCGGCCGGCGGCGGCGACCCGGAGCACCCCUGGGAGGGUCCGGCUUCAAAGGCGCUACGCCUGUCCCGCAAGUGCGCAGCCCCUUCGCCCCGCGGGAGUCUUGGAGGCGCGCGGCGCGCACAGCCCCGGUGGCCGGUACCUUUGGGCUGCUGAGCGGAGCCCUGCAGGGCUACGAGGUGCUUCACGCCCUGGGCUACGGCGCCCAAGCCGGUUUGGAGGGGCCCUGGCCCUGGUGGGCCUUCCAGCUAGGGCUGCGUCUGGGCGAGGUGGGUGUCGCACUCCCCUUGGCACUGCUGGGCCUCUACCCCGCGCUCUGCAACCCGCGUGUGCCAAGGCGCUGCUGGGCCAAGCUCUUCCGAUUGUCGCCGGGACACGCUGCUCCGCUGCUGCCAGGAGGCUGGGUCCCUGGCACCCGGGACAAGGAGCCCCUGGGUAGCGCGAUCGCGCGUGGGGACGCGGAGCUACUGCAGCUGUGUGCCCUAGCGGGCCCGGGCCCCGACCUCCUACUCCAGGGUGGCGGCUGCCGGGGCUUCGAAGGUGCAGGGGCCAAUGCAACGCAGUCACCAGCCUCUUCCCCUAGCAGCGAUUGCACGGUGGACUUCUGCCCGCCCUCACCUAUCAACCUGCGGCGCAGCAUCGAGGAAGCGCUCUGCAGUGAGGCGCUGUUGGCUCCUGGCCUCUUUCAGGGCACUGCCUUUGGGGAAGCCCUACCUGGACUCGGCCUCUACCGCACCGUCUCACUGGGGAACAAGACAGGAGCCAGACCCGGUGAGAGGUCGGAGACGGUCACUGGAUCCCCAGCGCCUCCUGAGCUCCCUUCUCCGGGGGCCUGGCCCGCAGGCAGCAGCGCCUCAUCUGGCUCUCUGUGUGGACUCUCCCGGGACAGCUCGUCCAUGCUUCUGUGUUCCAGCCCCGACAGGCCUCCACGCUGUCCGCUAGUUUGCGUUCUCAGUCCCCCGCGGCCGUCGGAUAGCAGCCCCAGCCUCCCAGCCUCAGGAUCCUACCAGGCCCUGUCCCCACCCUCCCGUGACUCCCCUGAACAUUCUUCUGAGUUGCAGGCUGAGGAGGCAUUGCUGCAUGAGCAAUUCCUGGAUGCCUGCCGACAGAUUGAUGAGCUGAGCGUGGGUAGCGACACCAUAGACCUGUGAAAAGGCGGCUGUCUCACAGCCAACAACCCGUUUGCCCCCGCUUUUUUUUUUUUUUUUUUUUUUUUUUUUUGGCUACUAAUCUGCCCAAGACCUGCACACUGUAAUCAUUCCCCAAUUCUGCCUGGUUCAGAUACCUCUUUUUGAUUCCUCCUCAUCCAGGGGCCCCUGGGUGGGUGAGUCAGCAACCAGGCUCUGUGGAUUGGGAAUCAGUGCCAACUUCUCUGGAGCCGUGGGUGCUGAUGCCCCCAGCUGCAAUUUUAGGCUGGCAGGGUCUCACUUUCCUUGGCCUUCACCAGCAAUAAAGCUCCAAGGUGCUCCACUCCUGACCAAUCCCACUCCUACCCCAGUGCUGAGUGAGACAGCUAUCCUCAGAAGACCGAGGGCCUUGUCUGGGCUCCGUCCCCACUUGUGCCAUCUCCUUCAUGGAGUCAUCAUCCCCUGUAGCUCAUCCAAGAGAACUUACAGCAGCUGGGUGGGAAAUGGGCAUUUUCAGAGUCGAUGUAUCAAUAAAAUAUUU